UCUCACUUGCCGCGUUUUGCGCAUAAAUUUGGAGCCUGAGUACAACAGUAAAUCACCGAAAUAUCAGCUUUUCCUCAGCGGGGCAGGGAAAACGGACAGAAAAACCGUAAGCAAGCUUUUAAGUUGUAACACAUUCGGUACAAACUUUGCAACGCGAGCGGAAAACUACGGGCUCGUUUCUCUCCUAAAAACAAUAUCAAACACUUUUGACAUCGCGUAUAUUCUAUACACGCGCUCUUCAAGUAACAACUCAGUGUUGAUCGGUUCCCAUGGUGACAGCUUUAUUAGUUCCCCGAACCCCACGUCGCCAGACAAGACUAAUCACUCGAUCACUUGCACAUUCGCGCUGUAUACGCUUCAGACUUAUUGAACUGGGCUAUCGGCCCGUCCAUCGUUCUCUUUUGCUGCCAGAAACAGCGCAACAAGACUGCGUACAAUCGUCGCUGACAGGUGCACGCAGAGCUCACGCGGCCGCUCAAUAGCCCUUCGCUUCCACGGUCGCCUCCUCGCCCGCACACGUAGCUUAAUGAAAAGCAAGGAACGAGUCCGAGAGGCCGUUUCUCAUCUCCGCAGUCGGCCUCGCCCCGUCUCUCAUUACCAUGGGAGAUAUCUCACUCGGCACACAAGCCGGGCGGAAGAGCUGUCGCUCAUAUUUGCGAGACAAGCCCGAUCGCCCACCACGAUGGCUCGGGUCAAGAAAGCGGCGCCCCGUUACAAAUGCCCAAGGGCGGACAGAUUUCAUUAUUAAAAGGGCGGAAAGGGAGGGCCGAUCGACCCGGCGGCGGUGCGUGCUCCGCACGGUACCGCACGCCGAGGAGAGCGAAGACACUCGACGCUAAUAGGAUUCAUCGAAAAGGUAUCUGCGCCGUCAAUCACCCGUCGACCCGGUGAUGCGGUCACCUGCGCCCUCUCCCCGCGCGCCGCACCCUUCGUGGAAACAAUUAGCGCGAGGCCGAACUGGGCGCAGCAGUUGGUCAUAAUUUGACCGCAGGGGCCGCCAGAGCCACCCCAGCGUCGUCGGUUGGCACAGGGAGGAUGCCCGGCACGACAGCUUCAUUACGGCAACAUCGCCGGCGGCCCAACGGCGCGCAGGACUCUGAUGAAGUGCGGCGGGGCCCCUUGUCUCCUCCGAUUGAGCCGUCACCUGGCCACUGGGUCAGCGCGGCGGCGCUCCCCAAAUUAGCUGGCAGCGUCCCCGCUCAAAGCGGCGGGCAAUUGCCGGAAUGGCCUCCUUCGCCGAACGGGGGAGGAAACGGGCUCAUUAGGGCGACCCCCCAGCGCGGGGAGGAGCCUCCUUCGAGGGGGGCGGAGCCUCCGCCGGAGCGGACCAAUGGGAGGAGCGCGCGGCAGCUCGGCGCACGCGUGGCCCGGCGCCGGGCAUCGCGCGCGGCGGAGUCCCGCGGGCCCAGUCAGAGCAUCGGUGUAGUCGUGCGGCCAGACAUGACGGGUCUGCAGCCGGCCAAGAAGCUGACGCCGUUCUCGGUGGAGGCCCUGCUGGCCGACGUUGUGACCAGCGGGCCCAGGGACGUGCAGGAGGCCCAAGUGACCAGCUCGUCGAGCAACGCGGAGCACGACUUGUGCCUGCCGCCCGAGCAAGCGCUCCACUGGGGAGCCGCCUGGUUCACGCGAUCCUCUCCCGCGCCCGGUCAUCUCGAGACCCCCGGCGGUCCGUGCAAGCUUCCGACGCCGGUCAAGUGCCAGCUGCGCAAGCACAAGUCCAACCGCAAGCCACGCACGCCGUUCACGACGCAGCAGCUGCUCUCGCUGGAGCGCAAGUUCCGCGCCAAGCAGUACCUGUCCAUCGCCGAGCGCGCUGAGUUCUCCUCGUCGCUGAGCCUGACGGAGACGCAGGUCAAGAUUUGGUUCCAGAACCGGCGUGCCAAGGAGAAGCGGCUCAAGGAGGCCGAGAUCGAGCGGAUGCGCAUGGCCGCGCGGCCCCCCGUGCUGCCCUUCUUUGGACCGUUCGGCGCGCUGUGCCCGGCGCCCGGCGGGCUCCACGCGCCUGUGUUCGCGCCGGCCGUGUUCGCACCGUGUGCACCGCCGCCUGCCGAGCGACAGCCGCCGCCGUAGUCACCAGUGGGAAAGAAGACCACCUCCUGUAAAUUGUAAAUAUCUGUACAUAGCCCGGACCAGAGCGCCCAUUAAA